CGUCGCGAGCGGUUGUGUUGUCGUUAAAAACAAAAAUGAUCAACAAAAGUAUCGGCAUAUUUUGAUUCAAACCUACUCUCCGAGUGCGCAACUAGUUAUAUUUCCACCUUCCACGGUGUUCUAUUGUGCCCAUAACUCGCAGCAGGUAACGCACCUGGCGAAAAUAAAACGAAUUCGGGCGGUUGCAACUAAUGGACAGAAAUAAAGCCAACAUGUCUUCUGCAUUCCAAACUAAAUAAUUGGCCAAGGCUACCAUUCAAGUGCCGCUGUAAAGCCCUGCGUCGGGAGAAAUGGUGAAUGGGCAGCGUCGCGUCUAACAAAACAAAAGUACAUCCGACAUCCGAGUGCAUAAACAAGACGAGACACAGAAUCGAGUGAAAACCUAUUUUAAAACCAAAAGCUAAAUUUGUUUUGUUGACGCUCAGGAUUUUCUGCUGCGAGUGCGUGUGUGAGUGCAAAAGUGUUGCUGUGUGGGCUGUGCAUACCACGGCGAAUAACUGCAAUUGCAAUAGAGCAGACACAUACACAUACACACAUAAUUGGAUUAUGGCCACCAGGCAAUAAGGCCAGAACGAGACAUCGAAAGAGCAGUCGCCAAAACAAAACUGACUUCCAACUGUGAGCGCUUCCAGUGCAGCUUCCACAAGUGCAAACGUGCCAAGAAUCGAAGGACUAUCCAUUAACCAUUCCAAAUACCGAUAAGAUACGAGUACACAAGUCUCUUUUAUCGAGCAAAACGACAGUGAUUGAUAUAUACAUAUAGUUGCCACAUAAAUAUUCCUUUUCUUUUUUUGUAUUUGUUUAAAAAAUCUUGCUACGAUCGAGCAUAGUUCUUUCGCGUUAAUCGGUUAUCAUGAACAAGACCAAGUGGUAAUCCACUGAUCUUACUCGAUUCGUAGAGCAAAGUCGCCCAACCCAAGACACUUGAAAAGUCAAAAACCAAAUAACCCAAAAACCAAGCACUAGAAACCUCAGAUACACAAUUUUCAUCCUGAUACGACAGCAACAUACGUCGUAGCUGAUAAACAUGAGCCUGAAUCAGCACAGUGGACCCGGCCCGCCGUUGGAGAGCUGCAGCCUAGCAGUGGACCAGGUGGAUUCCUCGGGCCACACAUCGGCGUCAUCUCCCUUUAUCUGGCCGAGCACAGCGGCUAUGUGCAGCACCAGCAGCACCACCACCACCAGCAGCUCAACAUUACCACCAAGUGCAGCAUAUAGGGGAGGAGGAGGAGCAGGAGACACAGCCAGUGGAGAUAAUGGAGGAGGGAUUGCGAAUGGUUUGGCGAAUGGCCUGCCUCCAGCGCCCGUGUCCCGGGCUAUAUCCUCCGAUCGCUUGGUUACCGGAAUAUCAUGCCGGGCUCUGCGCACCGCCGUCUCAGCAUUAUAUAGUGUGGAUGAUUUUGUCAAGGAGAAGAUUGGAUCUGGCUUCUUCUCGGAGGUUUACAAGGUCACACACAGAUCCACCGGCGAGGUGAUGGUGCUGAAGAUGAAUCAGUUGCGAGCCAAUCGACCCAACAUGCUGCGGGAGGUGCAAUUACUUAACAAGCUCUCGCAUGGGAACAUAUUGAGCUUUAUGGGCGUCUGUGUGCAGGAGGGCCAACUGCAUGCCCUCACCGAGUACAUCAAUGGCGGCUCCCUGGAGCAGCUGCUGGCCAACAAGGAGGUGGUGCUCAGCGCCACACAGAAGAUAAGACUGGCGCUGGGUAUAGCGCGUGGCAUGGCCUACGUCCACGACGCCGGCAUCUUCCACAGGGAUCUGACGAGCAAGAAUGUACUUAUUCGCAAUCUGGCCAACGAUCAGUAUGAAGCCGUUGUGGGUGACUUUGGCCUUGCUGCAAACAUACCCGACAAAACGAGAAAAUCACGGCUCGAGACCGUCGGUUCACCGUACUGGGUCAGUCCGGAGUGCCUGAAGGGCCAGUGGUAUGACCAGACGAGCGACGUCUUCUCUUUUGGCAUCAUCCAGUGCGAGAUCAUUGCCAGGAUCGAAGCGGAUCCGGACUUAAUGCCGCGCACUGCGUCAUUUGGGCUGGACUAUCUGGCCUUUGUCGAGCUGUGUCCCAUGGAUACACCACCCGUGUUUCUCCGUCUGGCCUUCUACUGCUGCCUGUACGACUCAAAGAGCCGGCCCACUUUCCAUGAUGCCACCAAAAAGCUAACGCUGCUGCUGGAGAAGUACGAGCACGAGUCCUCGGCAGGAGCGAGCCCACUUAGCUCCCUGGAGCUGAUCAACUGCUCCCCGGUAGGCAGCGAUUCGGAAAAUGCUACGGGAUUGGUUACGCCCCGAACUUCUACGGCGCCCACAGUGGCCACCAUUUGCACGGCCCCGGCAGGCACUUUGACACCGCGACACCUGCGUGAGGUAGACGAGGAAGGUUUUCGCUUCCCCAGCAAAAAAUGCGCCUCGGCUGCAUUGCCAGGAACACCCAACGGAUCCGCCGGUAGCAGUGGCUUCGACGAUCACAUACAGCAAUCGCGGGUUCGACGCGCCACCCAAAAACUGGAGGCCGAGAUCCUGCUGCACCGUCGUUCUCUGAGCGAGAACAUCAUACAUUUUCCCAUGCACACGUCGCCCAGCGACAAGGCACGAUGUCAUCAGAUGCAGCGCCAGCGCUCCUCCACGCACUCCCCAACGCCUCCCAGGCAGCUGGCUUCGGUUCAGUUACCCGCCACGGCAAUUCCGGAACCCCCGCCCCUCCCCAAACCAAUUCCCGCAGUGCUUACACUGCGAAAAGUGGGCGAGACGAUGUGCUUAAAGGAUCCGCAGUACAAGCCGACGUCUGGGAAGGAUCACAAUGGCUCGAAACCAAAUCCGUUCGAAGCGCUGGCACAGCUUCGGGGCGUCAAGAAGAUCCUGGACGCCAAUCCAAAGACCUAUGCAGCAGGCGUUGGGGAUCUGUUCAGCUCUUGCUUUGAGACGUUGGCACCGUUCUUUAAGGAACUGGCCGCUAUGCAGAGCAAGGCGGCGGUCCAGGGAGGAGCAGGUGGAGAAAAUACGGCGGAUGACGCAGCGACCAAUGCGGCAGCCACGGCCACAGCAGCUGUGCCCAGUGAACCAAAGAGCCUGCCGGUCUCGCCGCAUCUGACGCGAAAGUACAGCGCCAUAGAGCUGCGCCUACCCCAGCGGAUCAGCAAUGCUGCUCCGGCGAGCUGCACCAUUAAUCCGCCAGCAGCAGAAGCACUGCUGCAAGAUGAGGACGACUGCGAUGACUGCAACUCGGAAGGUGAGGAUCCAGAUGGCGGUGGGAACUGUGCAGAUGCAGAGUCCAGCAGCGAUGACAGCGCCGUGCGUCCCUCCACCGUGCCAACCGUCCGCAAAUACAGAGCCAAUUCCUUGUACACGCAUCCGCUCUUUCGAGGCUCCAGUGGCACCAGUAGCUUGAAGAGCGCCAGUACCGGGGAGUUCGAAAGUCCGGCUCUGCUGAAGGCCAGCGCAUCGACAAUUACGUUGACGGCCUCCACAGCGGGUGCAUCCAAUUCCUGUGAGGAUCUGACUGACAGCGCCAAAAAAUUCAAAGAACAAGCUAAUUCCAGUGCAACAGCAGCGGCCACAGUGGCCGUGGUGUCACCUACUCCCCUGUCAGGCUGUUCAGUGCGGCUGGCAGAGACCCCGGCCUCCGUAUCCUCUUGCACGGAUCUGGAACUGGACGAAGUGAAGAACACCUGCGAUUUGAGCGAGCUAAAAAACUCUUGCGAGCAGCUGCCCCUGAAGGCGAACCUCACGCGACGCGACUCCAUCGAGAGCGGCUUCUUCUCGUGCUUCAACGAGGAGUCGGAUGCGGCGAUAACCAACAGCAGUUUUGGCCGCCAGUUGAAUGGGAUGGGCUCGUUGGGGUUUGGCUGCGGCGGCGGGGGCAGCAAUAGCAGUAAUUGUUGCUACGAACAGUUGAAGGCGCAGCUGUUGCUCGACACAGGGGGCAGCGCCAGCAGUGAACUCAAUGAUAAACUUGCGAGUCUGUGUCGCUGCUGCUACUACGCCACCUCCACAUCGAAUGCCGCUGUUACUGCUGCCGCUGCAGCUGCAGCGGCCCAACAUCAACAGCAAAGUCAUCUGCUCAACGACACCACCUCGACGACGUCAUCAUCAGUGCUGCUAAUUGACACCGAUCCGGCGGUGAUUGGGGGCAACACCUCAUCGUCCACAGCUCUGGAUUCGAUGGACGACCUAGACGCCGAGAUUGUGGCUUCGCGGCCAACACACCAGCGACGGUACACCUGCCACCAUGCCCUGCUUAGCGGAAACGGCAGCGAUCCCCAGAUGACCGCCACGGCGGGCCUGAUCAAUCGAUUGGCCCUGGACUCGGAGAUUCACACGAUGUUGCAACGCCAUCCGUUUGCAACGAACCAGCUCCUGUACUGCAAGAAUCGCACCUCGUCCAUCUACACUGACAGUUCCGAUGACAUCAGCAGCCUGGCUGGCUCCGAUUCUCUCCUUUGGGAUGAGCGCUCCUUCACGGCGCUGCCUAGCACACGUUCGGCGCAGAUAGCCAAGAUUGUGGAGUAUUUUGAACGGAAGCGGCAGGACUCCUCGCCGCCAUCGAUGCACCAUAGGAACGGCAAUGGUACUGUGGCUGCUGCCGUGGCUGCCUCGGCGCUAGGAUCCAACUACCUCUCAUACGAGGCGCGACGCUACUCGGACUUUAAGCGCCACCUAAAUACGGAUGCCCUGUGCUUUGAUCUGGACAAGAAGCCGGCUCAGCAAAGGAUGAUGGUGUGCGAGGGUGCCGUCAAAUCGAAGCUUCCCAUUUUUGAUAAAAAGAAACAGCAUCAGGGCGGGUAGAGGCGAUCCAGUUAAGGGAAGACCACACGGAAUUCUGAAUUAAUAAUUUUCUGUUCAAUGCCGCGGCGACUUUGUUAGAUUCUGUAAAUUUUGUACCCUUAUAUCCUUCACUGCGAACGGCAGCCCCUGAUAGGUGUGAAUGAAGAUGUAAUGGCGAAAACGAUUGCCCAAAAAUUGUGUUAGUUAGCAUAUAAACGACAAGUGUACUUUA